UGGUUUAUCCAUUCUUUCCGGAUCCAGCGCCUCUGCAAGCCUCAAGGUCUUCUCCAGAUUCGUGCCAAAAUUCAGUGCAAACAUCUUAGUAAGAGUAGCAGCAGCAGCAGCAGAGUACUGCGAGGAGUCAACUUGGAGUAUACUGUACAACUGAUGCUGGGCAGCUUCACGUUGGGGUACUUGUACAUACAAAAAGAUAGGUGGUGAUUUAAUGGAAGAUAUGCAAUUCCUAGCCUCCAUGGAUAAUCUUUGUGCAACUCUUUCUAGAUAAAGAACUUUUAUUAAAAAAUAAAAUCCCCCUCUGGAAGGGUGAAUGAGCCAACAAUUUGUCUUAUGUGGUCAGUUCAUGGACUUUGACACCAUUUAUUUCGUCUUCUUUUAUACAUGUUUCUUGCUUUGGUGACAUCAUUCAUACAGAAGUUUCAGCAAUACGUCUCACUUAAGCUACCCUGCACGCUGGGAAAGACAAGUAGAUGUUUCCGAUCAUGUGAUAGUGCUUCUGCAGUCAAAAUUUUGUUUAAAAGAAAAUGGACGAUGAGUCUAGCAGAUAUGCUAAGCUGGAGAGCAUGUUACAAGAUGGAAGUUCACAACCACACAAUCUACCACUAGAAUAUUUGAGAAACAUCACAAAUAACUUCUCUGAUGAGCGGCUACUUGGUGAAGGUGGUUUUGGCACGGUAUACAAGGGAGUGCUAUCAGAUGGGAAAACGAUUGCUGUGAAAAAACUCAACUCGUCAUCUCCAGGAGUUAAGGAUAGGCAUUUUGAGAAUGAAGCCUCUCAUCUUAUGAGGCUUAAACACCCAAAUGUAGUGCUACUUGUAGGCUGGUGUUCUGAAACAGAGAAUAUAUAUGUACAGUACAGUGGGAAAUACAUCUGUGCUGAGAAGUCAGAAAGGUUGCUUUGCUUGGAGUACAUGCCUAAAGGAAGCCUUCGUGGGUAUCUUUCAGAUGAAGCGUCCGGACUUGGUUGGGACACACGCUACAAAAUAAUCGAGGGCAUUUGUUAUGGUUUACAUUAUCUGCACGAGGAAUGGCAACAUAGUACCCCCAUUAUUCACAUGGAUCUAAAACCUGCAAACAUAUUGCUUGAUGACAGUAUGGUGCCUAAAAUUGCGGACUUCGGCUUGUCAAGACUCUUCAGUGAGGAGAAAACUUGGACUUGCACGAUAAAUCGUGAUGGAACAUUAGGUUACAUGGCGCCAGAAUACAUAAACAGAGGUCUAAUCACAACAAAGUCAGACAUAUUCAGUUUGGGUGUUAUAAUCUUAGAGAUAGUGACUGGACACAGGGACUAUCCAGACGAGAAUGGAGUAUCUCCCCAGGAAUUUAUGGACCUUGUACUAAAGAAAUGGAGAAAUAGGCUGCAAAAGACAGCUAGUUAUAAAGAACUUUAUUUUUACCAGCAAAUAAGAAGAUGCAUUCAGAUAGGUCUGGUCUGUGUGGACCUUGAUCGAUCCAAAAGACCAACAACAAGCCAAAUUAUCAAGAUGCUUCACGUAGAAAGUGUAGAUUUAAGCAGGAGAAAAAGGGUAUAUCCUCAGCCACAAUUUUCAACUUCAGAAGACGAAGAACCACAAAAGCACAGGUCACCGUUGCAGAAGGAAUGCCAACCGAGAAAGAUAUCCUUAGAAAUAGAUCAGUCGGCCUCGCUCGCCGGGUCCGCGGUCAGCUCCCUCGACGCCGUCGACAGCCUCCGCAUCGGCGGCAGCGGCGACUGGGGCGGGGAAGUCCGCCGCCUCUGCGAAAGGCUCGGUCUCUCCGGACCCGACGACUUCGCCAUCUCGAUUGCCGACUGGGAGGCGCACAAGGCCCUGCGCUUCUGCGCCUCUGCUAGCUCCCCGCUCCUUCACGAGGGUGCCGAGGAACACGAUUGGCCUGAGGGCACCGUACCUGAGCUACUGGUGGCACGCGGCGGCCGAAUUGAAGCUCCAGAGCGGCCGGCAUGGCUGGAUCCGCCGGAGCUCACCCGGCCAAAUGUGAAGAGAGCAGCUGGGGACGGAGGAAUCAAGGGCAUGCGCCCGCAGCCGGUGCUCAAGCCGCCGCCCUCGAGGGCGCUGCCGGUUGUCUGCUGGGCGGGGUCCACGUGGGAUCUCCUGCGGUCGUUCGCGCCGGAUGAGGAACAACACGCCCCGGUGAGCAGAUCUGGCCGUGGUUUGGGAUACCAGUAUGCGGUGGAAAAGGAAGAGGAGGACGAUGCGAGCACGACCACCGAAUCCAGGAUCUUCAUCUCACCGAACGGGAGGAUUAGGAGGAAGAUCCGGUCAUGGAACCGAGGGGCGCUCCUGGGUAGUGGCUCGUUUGGGACGGUCUACGAGGGCAUCAGCGAUGAGGGUGCCUUCUUUGCCGUCAAAGAAGUAAACUUAUUUGAUCAAGGGAGCAACGCAAAGCAGUGUAUCUUUCAGCUUGAGCAGGAAAUUGCACUUCUGAGCCAGUUUGAGCAUGAGAAUAUAGUACAGUACUAUGAUACAGACAAAGAAGGUUCGAAACUUUACAUCUUCCUUGAACUAGUGACACAAGGAUCCCUUGCAUCUCUGUAUCAGAAGUAUCGCCUUCUGGAUACACAUGCAUCUGCAUAUACAAGACAGAUCCUUAAUGGGUUGACUUACCUCCAUCAAAGGAAAAUAGUUCAUAGAGACAUAAAAUGCGCAAAUAUUCUGGUGCAUGCUAAUGGAUCUGUGAAACUUGCAGAUUUUGGACUCGCUAAGGAGAUCACCAAAUUCAGUGCGAUUAAAUCAUGCAAAGGAACUGUUUAUUGGAUGGCACCUGAGGUUGUCAAUCCAAAAAAGUCAUAUGGACCUGCAGCUGACAUAUGGAGUCUUGGUUGUACCGUCCUAGAGAUGUUGACACGCCAAAUUCCCUAUCCUGACAUCGAAUGGACACAAGCUCUAUACAGGAUUGGUAAGGGGGAAGCGCCAGCAAUUCCAUAUAGUCUUUCAAAGGAUGCUCAUGAUUUUAUAAGCCAGUGUGUAAAACCCAAUCCAGAAGACAGACCUUCAGCAUCCGAACUGUUGGAGCAUCCAUUCAUUAACUGUUCAACUAGCCAGCUAGCCCGUGCAAAUAGCAAGGCCCUGCGCAGCCUGCCACCGUCCUGCAAGCUUACGCCGCCGCUGCUCGCCCCACUGGGCCGCGCCUCCCUGUAGGCUACUAGCACCGCAAGCUCGCGCCAUCGCCUGUGAUGUGCCUCUGCUUGCGAUGGCCCUGAGCUGGGAAGUUGGGAACCAGCAACAUCAGGCCAAGAGGAACGCCCGGGGAAGAGGAAGGAGAGGAUGUUGCGGGGAGCCUCGCCGGAGCCGUUCACCUGCGCCGCCACGGAGCCUCACCUCGCCGGAUCCGCUCAUCCGUGCCGCUGGCCGCUCUCGAGCUUCUCCUCUCACCUCUUGUUCGCAAGAACGGAUCACGAAGCUUGCGUCGAGGCGAAGCAAAGUCGUGAAGUCGCCGGGUCCAUCUGAUGCUCCGAGAAAAAGUUGGACGAAAAUGCCCCCGAAUGUGUAAUAGGCCUAGUUAUUAAUGUAGGGGUAUUUUUUUGGAAACAUUAAUGUAGGGGUAUUUUAGUCUUUAGUAGAGACUUGGAGAAAAAGAAGAGGGGAGGGGCGCUGGAAAUAGGGACGGAGUCCCUUCCCCCUUCCUCCCGUGCUUCUGUUUUUCUUUCUUCCUGUUGUAACUUGAUGUAUGAAUGUAAAUGGAAUACAGAGACACAAGAUGUAGAGUGAAUCGGCAGGCUUUUUCCAUUGAUCA